AUGGCAUCCAGGAGAGUCCCCAGGGUGGACAAGGGUACAAAGCCACAUGCUACCUCUACUUCAAAGAUGAACACAUUCUUUAAAGCUAUACACUCUCCAACUGUGGAGGAAGAUGAUAAUUCACAAAUGCCUCAAGAAGAGCAACAAGAUCCAAUUCCUCCUGAAAGAGAAUCACCUAUAACUAAAGCUGACCUUAAGGAUUUCCCGACCAAAGCAGACCUCUCCUCUUUUUUUCAAAAGGUCAAUUGUCAUCAAGAUGGCUGGGAAAUCAUUAAUGGAAGAUAUUUAUUUUUCUCUAACAUUAAAGACACAUGGCAGAACAGUAUUUUUGACUGUGUACGGAGAGGCUCUACACUUCUAAUCCAUAAAGACAAUAGUCUACAGGAUAAUCUGCCACGAAAUUAUAAUUACUGGAUUGGACUAAGAUACUUCUAUCAAACUUCUUCCUACAGUUGGCUUGAUGGAAGCACAGAAACCAAGAUGAGAGGAUACUAUUGUGGGUUACUUAUUAAUGGAAAGUUACAUGAUGCACGCUGCUCGUUCCAGAACAGAUGGAUUUGUGAAAAGAAAUGCUGUCCUUUUGUGCCUUAAUAAUAAUAAUAAGUAGACGCUUUUUGCAAGCAAACAAUCACUACUGACUACUGAAUAAAGUGUAAAGUAAAAUAUUAAAUAUGAUUUAUGUUUGUGUCAGUGAUAAGAAAAUAUUCAUAGAUAAGCAACACCUGAAUGUCACACAGCACAAACGUGUUAAUAAAAGUUCAGUUUAAAAGAGA